AUGCCCUCAGACUUUGUCGCGCUUUUCAGCGGGGAGCUCGACCUCAAUUUGCCCGGUUUCUUGCACUCCAAAGAAUUAGUGCAUGACCUUCUGCCCAGAGAGUUGCAGUUUUCUUCCAACAUCCAGCACAGCCUAUUAACCAUGAGCCAAACCAGCGGUGGAGAGGCCGGGCCCCCAUCAGCUGUUUUAGCUUCAGAUGGCUUGUCCUCCUCCAUGACCAUGGAUGGACUCCGCAGUGCUUUUUCCACCUCUUCCAGCUCCACCAAGCAUUGCGGUUCUUCAGCCAGUGACCAUGCUCACUAUGGCAAUGAUGAGCCAGAGGACAACAGGAGUUGCAGAGCUGUACCAAAGGGCUUCGGCGCCGAAGGUGGAAAUGGGAAAAGCAAUGGCAGCAGUCACUGCCUGGCCACCAAAGAGGGUGGAGGAGGGAUAGGUGUGACAUUACUGGAAGACCAGCAACAUCAGCAUAUGAUGCCCCCGAAGCGGCGCACCGAAUUGAACAUCUCUCCGCCUCCGCAAGACCUACUCAGUGAUAGUCACAUGUCUUGUCAGGCAGAAACACCGUUAGACUCGGAGCACAGCAACAGCAUUUGGAUGGAGGACUCAGUCUCCAACUUCAGUAUUAUGAGCACAAGCUCUUACAACGACAACACAGAGGUGCCGCGAAAGUCGCGCAAACGCACCCCGCGACAAAGGCCAGGGCGUAAGUCUUUACUGGCCAAAGAAGCCAGCAUGGAUGUUUUUGAUGCGGACAGCGCCAAAGGACCACACUUUGUCCUUUCCCAGCUCAGCACGGACAACAAGACUGGACAAAAAGGAAGUCCCAAAGAAAAUGCUCAAACGCCUCAUCAAAAAGGAGUUCUAACAAUGCAAUACCCAUCUAAGAGUGAACAGAAAGAGCUGAAGAUCCUUGUUCAGCCUGAGCCUCAACACCGGGCUCGUUACCUGACAGAGGGCAGCAGAGGGUCUGUCAAAGACCGCAAUCAGCAGGGCUUCCCGACAAUAAAGCUGGAGGGUGUGAACGAGCCGGUUAUUCUGCAAGUGUUUGUCGGAAAUGAUGCAGAGCGCGUGAGGCCACACGGAUUUUACCAAGCUUGCAGAGUGACCGGCCGUAACACUACAGCCUGCAAAGAGGUUGACAUUGAGGGCACGACUGUCAUUGAAAUCCCCUUGGAGCCAAGCACCAACAUGACCUUACCUGUGGACUGCGUUGGAAUCUUGAAGCUCCGAAAUGCUGAUGUGGAGGCUCGCAUCGGGGUGCCGGGGUCAAAAAAGAAGAGCACGCGGGCGAGACUUGUGUUUCGGGUCAACAUCCCUCGCCCAGACGGUUCAGUGCUCACGCUUCAAACGCUUUCGUCUUCCAUCCUAUGCACACAACCAGCAGGGUUGCCUGAGAUUCUGAAAAAAUCAUUGCACAGCUGCUCAGUGAGAGGUGGAGAUGAACUCUUCAUCAUUGGAAAGAAUUUUCUCAAAGAUGCGAAAGUUGUAUUUCAAGAGAAUGUUUCUGAUGAGACAUCUUGGAAGGCAGAGGCUGAAAUUGACAUGGAAUUGUUUCACCAGAAUCAUUUGAUAGUGAAGGUUCCGCCUUACCAGAACCAAAGCAUCACCUCUGAUGUUUGUGUCGGUAUUUAUGUGGUCACCAUUGCUGGCAGAUCCCAUGAUGUUCAACCAUUUACUUACAACCCAGUUUCAGCAAACACUGAGGUUUUUGUGAAGAAAGAGACAUCCUCUCCAGUGAAGACGUGUCCUUUUGAUGACCAAAGUAAAGUUCGGAUGCCUCCUUUGUUGCCUCAAGUGAAGAAAGAAGAUGUCACUCCGAUGGAGGUCACCAACAACCUCCAAAACUCUGGGAUGUUCAAGACACUGGACAUCUGUCCAGCCCAGCAUAACACAGACAUGGCUCAUCUGAAUACCAACAGUGAAUUUUCCAACACGAUGCUGCAGGCCUCAGGCGAACCCGAUAAGAGCCAGGCCCCAGUUUUUACCAACACGGAAACCUUAACUGCUAUCCAGCCAAGAACACAUCUUGGGGAAGAAAGGCAAGUCGGCACCACUGAGUCGUUGGCAAGGCCAUGUGUUGAUCCUACACCUCAACAGCAGCAGUCGUCUAUGUUCCCUUCAGACGAAGUGGCCCAGUUGGAAGAAGCGGUUAGGCAACUUAAAUCCGAAGCGUUCAGGAGUUCACUUCAGACAGAUUCAAUGACCAACCAGCCGCAGCACAUGCAGCAACAGCAGAUCCAAAACCAACAAAUUCAACAGCAACAGCAGCAAAUUCAUCAACAACAGCAGCAGCAACUUCAGCAGCAGCAACAGCAGCAUGCCCUGGAGAAUCUAAAACAGCAGAUAUUUCAAUCACAAAUUCAAAUGCAGUGUGUCAAUGUGGAGCAACAGGGUUCCUCACAAGGUGCUGUACCAAACCAGGGAUCACUCUUCCAACAGGCUCAGCAGCAACAGCAGCAGCAACAACCAACUCUCUUUCAGCAAACAAGUGAGCUGCUAUCUAUUCAGACCAACUUUCUCCAGCAGACAUCCUCACUCCCCUCACCGCCAGCGUUCCACAAUCCCAGCCCUUUGGCUGAAGCGCACGAUCCCCUGUUUCAAAGCCAAAAAACAUCACACACUCCAAAGCAGCUGCAGGCCGCGCUCUUCCAAAACCCUAUAACAGUUCUACAUUCUCCGGACCAGCAACCUUCGACACAGAGUCUUUUUCUUCGUCAGACGUCACUUUCAGCUCAACUCACAACCAGUAAUAGCCAACAGCAGCAAUUGGCUUUCCUCAACACUCUUCAAACUCCUUCCCCCGAACAACCAUCUGUAUUUCAGGCUCAAACUCAGCUCUCUCCAAUUCAGCAAGGUGCACCAAUGGAGCAACAGCAGUCCUCACAGUCUCAACCGCUUUCUCAAACAAGUCAGCCGCAGUCUUUGUUUCAGAACAUGUCUCAGCAUCCAACUGGAAACACACUAUCUUCAGGUCAACAACAACCAUCUGGAUUACUAUUCUGUAACAACCCCUUGCCCACCACAGACCAGACAUCCAAUGUCCUCUUCAGCAAUCAGGGGCCGAUGCCUCCUUUGACCAGCAGCAGUCUUGUUUCCCCAGAGUCCCAGAACCCUUCUCUACUUUUCUCUCAGGCUAGCAUGGUUACUGUAAACCAACAGGCCCGCUCUGAGCCCAUGGCCUUAGGUAACACCAAUGAUGCACAUCAACAAGUGCUGUUUCAAAAUCAGCAGCCGAUGCAACUUGGAAACCCCACAAACAAUGGGCAAGGGCUCUUCAUGCCUCCGCCCAACAUGGCCUCCAUGCAGGGCGGAUUGUCACAGGACCUCGCACAGUCAGCCAUGUUUGCCGCACCGAACAGUGUGGCGAACCUCCAGACGACCACCUCGUCUCCUGUUCAACAGCCAGGGACUCUGUUUCAGUCUGCAGUCGCUAGUGGCCUCAGUCAGCCCAGCCAGCCUGAACCACCUGAUCUCUUCAUUUUUGGAAUUCAGAAUGAAUGUGGUCAGCUGAUGAACGGCCCAGGAAACACUCUUUCGGAUCAGAUUAUAGCCAUUAGCCAGUCUGGUCAGAACCAAAGAGAGAGUGAGGCCCGCAAUCAGUCGCUGCUCAGUCAGUCGCUGUUGCAGUCAGUGACUGUUCAGAACAGUUUGAAUGCCUCCCGGAACAUGGAGAAGAUUGAUGACCUCCUCGUCAGCUGCCUGCAGGAGCCUGGCAGCAGCAUGAGUCGUUCAUAUUGA